GAGGAUAGAUUCCAGCUAUGGAACGGGAACUUUGUCGUGCUUAGGGUAGGAGUUGGUCUGUUGGGGACUUAAAUAUAUAAUCUCUUUUACAGAUUAAAUAAAAUAAACAAAAAUUUAAAUUAUAUGAAGGCAUCAAAUAUAAGUCUGUUUGCGUUUAGGUAAAUUUGUGGUGGCAAGUUCAACAUAGGAGAUAAAUUAAGGUUAUUUUAGCGAUUCAUCUGAGAAAGAAAUUGAAUAAUUACCAAGUUUUAGCAAAGGCGAGCGCUUCAGCAAACCCCAGAUCCCUGGAGUCCCCAUCCACCCUAACCCCGAAAGCAAUUCUGAAACCCUAACUUAUUCGAUCCCUUAAUUCCUUCAUCAAUCGGCUAAUCCAUAUUCUCGAUGCCGAAGAACGACUUCUUGACCCCAAAGGCGAUCGCAAACAGAAUCAAAGCUAAGGGUUUGCAGAAACUGCGAUGGUACUGCCAGAUGUGCCAGAAACAAUGCCGGGACGAGAACGGGUUCAAGUGCCAUUGUAUGAGCGAGUCCCACCAGCGACAGAUGCAGGUCUUCGGCCAAAACCCCAACCGAAUCAUCGGCGGUUAUUCCGAAGAAUUUGAGACUACUUUUCUUGAGCACAUGAAGCGCAGCCACCGCUUCAGCCGCGUCGCCGCCACCGUUGUCUACAACGAGUACAUCUCCGAUCGCCACCACAUUCACAUGAAUUCUACUCAGUGGGCCACGCUGACGGAGUUCGUUAAGUAUUUGGGGAGGACUGGAAAGUGUAAGGUUGAGGAAACCCCUAAGGGCUGGUUUAUCACGUAUAUUGAUCGAGAUUCAGAGACUCUGUUCAAGGAGAAGAUGAAGAAUAAGAGGAUUAAGGCGGAUGCCGUGGAUGAGGAGAAGCAGGAGAAAGAGAUCCAGAAGCAAAUUGAGCGAGCAGAGCAGAUGAUGAUGAUGGGGCCUAAUGCAAAGGGUGGGGAAGAAGAGGGAAUAAAACCCAGAAUUUUGGAGAAAAAUGAUGGGGAUGGUGAGAAGAAAAUUAAGCUGAGUUUAGGGCUUUCAAAGAAGAAUGUGGAGUCAAAUGAGAAGCGGGAGAGUUCGAGGUUGGUGUUUGACGAGGGGGAGUCCGAAAGUAAGAAUGCAAAGCGGAAAAGGGAUGGUGAGAAUUCAGCUAAGAAUGCUUCGGUUUUGGACGAGUUGAUGAGGGAGGAGGAGAAGGCGAAGGAGAAGAGCAAUAGGAAAGACUAUUGGCUGUUUGAAGGCAUUAUUGUGAAGGUUAUGAGUAAAGCUUUGGCAGAUAAGGGGUAUUAUAAGCAGAAGGGCGUUGUGCGCAAGGUGAUUGAUAAGUAUUGUGGGGAGAUUGAGAUGCUUGAGAAUAAGCAUGUAUUGAGGGUUGAUCAAGAGGAACUGGAGACAGUGAUUCCGCAGAUAGGGGGCCUUGUGAAGAUUGUUAACGGGGCAUAUCGUGGUGAGCAUGCAAGAUUGCUAGCAAUAGAUACUGACAAGUUCUGUGCCAAGGUGCAGAUUGAGAAGGGAAUAUAUGAUGGAAGGGUUCUAAAGGCUGUUGAAUACGAAGAUAUAUGCAAAUUGGCGCAAUGACAUAUGUCAAUCAUGGAUGUAUACUUAUGCUAAUUGGUUUGCUGGUCCUGGAGUACCUAUAUCGAACAAGUUUUGCUCUGUUGCAUCCUUUUGAAAAUAAGACUUUGUCAUGUGUCUCUUUGUGGAGCUGAAAUUAUUUGUAUGGAAUGUCUUUGUUGUAUGAUUUGGCAAUGAACACUUAAUUUAGUAUGGAAUUUGCAUGAAUGAUUUUUUAGCA